GAGCAUAUUCGUAGAUUUAAUGCACCUGUUGUUGACGACGUUGCGGGAAUCAUGGUUGGCGAUUGUACAGGUGCACGAGAAAUUGUGGUUCGUAGAAGGAGUAAUAAUCUUCAGUUCAUUGCUGAUACACAUCGUUCAUAUGAUGCUCUCCAAUAUCCGCUAAUGUUCUGGAAGGGACAAGACGGAUACUGCAUAAAUAUCAAACAACGCGAUCCCGUAUCAGGAGCCGAAACAAACAAGAACGUUAGCUCGAAAGAUUAUUAUGCGUACCGAUUGAUGAUUCGACGCGGCCGGGACAACGUCAUUCUACGAUGUCGCGAGCUUUGUCAACAAUUCAUGGUCGACAUGUACGCCAAGAUAGAAGGCGAACGACUACGAUACUUACGAUAUAAUCAACUUAAGCUGCGUGCGGAAGAGUACAUUCACUUGCGGGACGCUAUUAACAACAACGCUGACGCUGCCGAAAUUGGUAACUCUGUCAUUCUACCAUCAUCGUAUGUGGGCAGUCCACGUCAUAUGCAAGAAUAUAUACAGGAUGCUCUGACUUUCGUGCGCGAAUAUGGACGACCGUGUUUAUUUAUCACGUUUACAUGUAAUCCAAAAUGGCCAGAGAUUGAAUCUUUGCUAUUGCCUGGCCAAAAUUCAAUCCAUCGUCAUGACGUUACAGCACGUGUGUUCAAACAAAAGUUGAAGUCUUUAAUAAGUUUCAUUACUAAAUUACAUGUAUUCGGCCGCACACGUUGCUGGCUGUAUUCAGUUGAGUGGCAAAAGCGAGGAUUACCUCAUGCUCACAUUUUGGUUUGGUUAAUCGAUAAAAUCCGUCCUGAAGAAAUCGAUAGUAUUAUUUCUGCAGAACUUCCAGAUCCGUCUACUGACCAACUGCUGUUUGAUAUUGUUACAGCGAACAUGAUUCAUGGUCCAUGCGGUACUCUUAAUCGUACAUCGCCUUGCAUGGCAGAUGGAAAAUGCACUAAAAAUUUCCCUAAAGAUUUCACGAACGAUACGAUCACAAAUGUCGACGGAUAUCCAAUAUAUCGUCGAAGAAGUCCCGAUAAUGGCGGACGAUCAUUUAUUAAAAACAUCAACAACACAGACAUUGACAUUGAUAAUCGUUGGGUGGUACCAUAUUCACCUCUGUUGAGCAAGACAUACAAUGCUCAUAUUAAUGUUGAGUUCUGCAGUUCUGUGAAGAGCAUUAAAUACAUUUGCAAGUAUGUCCAUAAAGGCAGUGAUAUGGCUGUGUUUAGAGUGGAAAAUACUAACGUGAAUGCUCAACCAGUGAAUAAAAACGAUGAAAUAACACUUUAUCAAAUUGGUCGGUACAUCAGCUCCAAUGAAGCUGCUUGGCGUAUCUUUGGUUUCCCGAUUCAUGAACGGGAUCCAGCAGUUGUUCAGUUAGCCGUCCAUCUCGAAAACGGCCAGCGUGUAUUUUUCACGAACGAGACAGCAAUUGAUCGUGCUGUAAAUCCACCUAAAACUACACUCACUGAAUUUUUCGAAUUGUGUAAUCGUGCGGAUGAUUUUGGUGCCUUUGCACGAACGUUACUCUAUUCACAAGUACCAUGCUAUUUCACAUGGGCUCAAACAAAAAAAUGGAUGCCCCGCAAGCAAGGCUCCCCAGUUGAUGCAUGUCCCAAUUUAUUUAAAUCAAACGCUCUGGGGCGAGUAUUUACAGUCAAUCCAAAGCAAACUGAAUGCUUUUAUCUUCGAUUGUUGUUGGUUAAUGUUACUGGCCCAUUGUCAUUUCAAGAUAUACGGAAAGUGAAUGGGCAACAGUAUUCAACGUAUAAAGAUGCGUGCCUUGCACUCGGCUUGCUGGAAGACGACAACCAGUGGGAAUGUAUGUUUGCUGAAGCAGCAUUAAAUUGUACAGCAAUACAAAUUCGUCUACUAUUCGCUAUAGUGUUAACUACAUGUUUUCCAGCUCGAGCACAGAUAUUGUGGGAUAAUCACAAAGAUUCAAUGACUGAUGAUAUAUUGCAUCAACAUCGUACACGAUGCAACGAUGUAACGAUAACGUUCAGCGACGCUAUGUACAAUGAAGCAUUGAUUGCUAUUGAAGAUCUCUGCAUUAUAAUUGCUAAUUUAUCACUCAGUCAUUUCGGUAUGAAUUCGCCAGAUCGAGCUGUAUCUGAUUUCAUGAACACGGAAAUGAAUCGUGAAAUGCAGUACAACACUGUAGAAAUGGCGGCGAUUGUUACUCGCAAUGUCCCAUUAAUGAGUGAGGAACAAAAAAUCAUUUACGACCGCAUUAUGCUCGCAGUUUCAGCAGGACAAGGUGGAUUCUUCUUUUUGGAUGCACCAGGUGGAACUGGAAAAACAUUCCUUAUUUCGCUAAUUCUUGCUGAAAUACGAUCAAAUAAUGGCAUCGCAUUGGCCGUUGCAUCGUCAGGCAUUGCUGCAACUUUAUUGGAUGGAGGCAGAACAGCUCAUUCAAUAUCGGUGAUGGAAAAGUAA